AUGGUUGAGUCAUGUAAGCUUUAUUCAGAUGGUCAAGAAUCUGAAGCUGUAAGCAGAGCAAUCUAUUUUUAUCCAAUCGAUCAGCCAACUAAAUUUUGCACCUUUUUGAGGAUCAAGGGCCUAAAUUAUUGUCAUUUUCAAUGGCUGAUCGUCAAAAUAACCAUGCCAAAACUAGCAAUACGAAGGCAUCAGGAAGAUGAUUUAUGGGGUUCAUCUGAGGUUAUUGCAAUAGCAACUCCUCCUCCGUCAGAGGAUUUGAGGUACUUGAAGUCAUCAGCAUUAAAUGUAUGGUUGGUUGGUUAUGAGUUCCCGGACACAAUUAUGGUGUUCAUGAAGAAGCAGAUCCAUUUCCUGUGUAGCCAGAAGAAGAUAUCAUUACUUGAUAUUGUGAAAAAAUCUGCGCAGGAUGCUGUCGGGGUGGAAGUUGUAAUGCAUGCUAAGGCUAAAAAUAAUGAUGGAACAGCAUCGAUGGAUGACAUAUUUCAUGCUGUGCGUGCUCAGUCGAGGUUGGACGGUCUUGUUAUGCCUCUGGUUGGGUACAUUGCAAGAGAGGCACCUGAAGGUAACCUUUUGGAGAAGUGGGAUGAGAAGUUAAAGACUGCGAACUUUCAGCUCAAUGAUGUAACAAAUGGUUUUUCAGAUCUGUUUGCUGUAAAAGAUGCUGCUGAGAUUACUAAUGUGAAAAAGGCUGCUUAUUUGACUUCUUCAGUGAUGAAACUGUUUGUGGUCCCAAAAUUGGAGAAGGUCAUUGAUGAAGAGAAGAAGGUAUCUCAUUCUUCCUUAAUGGAUGAUACUGAAAAGGUAAUACUCGAACCUGCAAGGAUAAAGGUCAAGCUGAAAGCAGAUAAUGUCGAUAUCUGCUAUCCACCUAUUUUUCAAAGUGGAGGAGAGUUUGAUCUGAAACCAAGUGCAUCAAGCAACAACGACAAUCUAUUCUAUGAUUCAACUAGUGUGAUCAUAUGUGCAAUAGGGUCCCGUUACAGCAGCUACUGCUCAAAUAUAGCUCGGACUUUUCUAAUUGAUGCCAGCCCUGUGCAGAGCAAGGCUUAUGAAGUCCUCCUCAAGGCCCAUGAUGCAGCAAUCGCUGCUUUGAAGCCUGGAAAUAAGGCUGGUGAUGCCUAUCUCGCAGCUUUUUCUGUGGUUGAAAAGGAGGCACCUGAAUUGGUUCCACACUUAACAAAAUCUGCAGGAACUGGAAUAGGCCUUGAGUUUCGUGAAUCAGGGCUCAGUCUUAAUGGCAAGAAUGACAGGACGUUGAAGCAAGGCAUGGUCUUUAAUGUGUCUCUUGGGUUUCAGAAUUUACAAUCAGAGACAAAGAACCCUAAAACCCAAAAUUUUUCUGUCUUGCUUGCUGACACUGUUAUCAUUAGUGAAACUUCUGCUGAAGUUGUUACUUCUUCAAGUUCAAAAGCUCUAAAGGAUGUAGCUUACUCGUUUAAUGAAGAUGACGAUGAAGAAGAACAGCAACCUAAAGUCAAAGAUAAGCCUAGUGGUUCUGUUCCAAUCUUAUCUAAGGCAACCCUCCGAUCAGUUAAUCAUGAGGUAUCGAAGGAAGAGUUAAGGAGGCAGCAUCAAGCAGCUCUGGCUCGCCAAAAGAACGAAGAAACUGCUAGAAGACUUGCAGGUGGUGGCUCCGAGGGGACAAGUCGUGGUGUGGUGAAACCCUCUGGUGAAUUGAUUGCAUAUAAGAAUGUCAAUGAUAUACCUCCUCCAAGAGAUUUUAUGAUUCAGGUUGACCAGAAACAUGAGGCCAUUCUUUUGCCUAUAUACGGGAUCAUGGUUCCUUUCCACAUUGCUACUGUGAAGAGCGUGUCUAGUCAGCAGGAUACUAGUCGUACAUGCUAUAUCCGAAUAAUCUUUAAUGUUCCUGGUGCUCCAUUCACUCCACAGGACUCCAGCUUGCUGAAAUUUCAAGAGGCUAUUUAUGUUAAAGAAGUUUCAUUUCACUCGAAGGACCCCAGGCACAUAAGUGAAGUUGUACAACUUAUUAAAACCCUUCGAAGGCAGGUUGCUUCACGAGAAUCAGAGAAAGCUGAGAGGGCAACUUUGGUCACCCAGGAAAAACUUCAACUUAGUGGCGCCAAAUUUAAACCGAUUAGGUUGUCUGACUCAUGGAUCCGCCCGGUGUUUGGUGGCCGUGGAAGAAAGCUUCCUGGUACCCUGGAAGCACAUGCGAACGGAUUUCGUUAUGGAACUUCAAGGCCAGAUGAACGUGUGGACAUCAUGUUCGGUAACAUCAAGCAUGCAUUCUUCCAGCCCGCGGAGAAGGAAAUGAUUACUCUUCUGCACUUCCAUCUGCACAACCAUAUAAUGGUGGGAAACAAGAAAACCAAGGAUGUUCAGUUUUAUGUUGAAGUAAUGGAUGUGGUGCAGACAAUUGGAGGUGGAAAGAGAUCUGCCUAUGACCCUGAUGAGAUUGAGGAAGAACAACGGGAAAGGGAUCGGAAAAAUAAAAUUAACAUGGAUUUUCAAAACUUUGUGAACAGAGUCAAUGAUCUCUGGGGGCAACCUCAAUUUAAAGCAUUUGAUUUGGAGUUUGAUCAGCCUCUGAGAGAGCUUGGCUUCCAUGGGGUGCCACACAAGUCGUCAGCGUUCAUAGUCCCUACAUCGAGCUGCCUUGUGGAGCUCAUAGAGACACCCUUUGUAGUAAUUACCCUCAAUGAGAUUGAGAUAGUCAAUUUGGAGAGAGUUGGUCUUGGACAGAAGAAUUUUGACAUGACAAUUGUAUUCAAGGACUUCAAGAGAGACGUAAUGAGGAUUGAUUCAAUUCCUACAUCGUCACUAGAUGGCAUCAAGGAGUGGCUGGAUACAACUGACCUGAAGUACUACGAGAGCAGGUUAAAUCUCAACUGGAGGCAGAUUUUAAAGACAAUCACUGAUGAUCCCGAACAGUUCAUAGAGCAUGGUGGAUGGGAAUUUUUGAACUUGGAGGCUAGUGAUUCAGAUUCUGGAAAUUCACAGGAGUCAGAUCAAGGAUACGUGCCUUCAGAUGUACAAUCUGAGUCUGCAUCAGAGGAAGAAGACGAUGAUAGUGAGUCACUGGUGGAGUCGGAGGACGAUGAAGAAGAUGAUUCUGAGGAAGGCUCGGAGGAAGAUGAAGGAAAAACCUGGGAGGAGUUGGAAAGGGAAGCUAGCAAUGCAGACAGAGAGAAAGGGAAUGAAUCGGACAGCGAGGAAGACAGAAAGAGAAGGAAAAUGAAAGCUUUUGGGAAAGCUCGGGCUCCUCCUGAUAGACGACCCACUGGCAGACCAAAUGGCACCCUCCCUAAGAAGGCCAGGUUUAGGUAA